AUGGCGUCUCUUAACGCUCUCAUAAGUAGAAGGGCAGGCAAUCGUGGUGCCGUCACGAGACUCAUCCCUAAGAUUCAAGCGAUCAUCGACGACCAGACCAUGGACAAAGAUCAAAAGGUUCAUGAACUUGAGAAGAAACUGAUGGACUUACACAACAAAAUAAAAAUCAUCGAAAACAUCGACAACGAAAUUCAAGAAGUCAUCGACGAGAACGAUCUAGAAGCUGAGAUUAAUUCGUCGAGUACAGCGAAUUCUAUUAUCUUUGAUGCCAGAGAUGCAGCAGAAUUCGUCCUCAUGAAGCUAAAGCAAGAAAUUAGCAACGAGCAAGCAGCCAUGGCCGCAGCAGCAACAGUCGAGAACCCCGUAGCGCAGGCCCCUCCCCUCAUAGCUAUUAGCGACUCGUCCAAUCUGCCAAAGUUUGAGUUGCCCUGCUUCGAUGGCAACAUUCUAUUAUGGCGCUCGUUUUGGGAUGUUUUUGAAGUGGAAGUGGAUGCCAAGACCAAAUAUUCUGACGCGACGAAAUUUAAUUUUCUCAAUUCGCGCCUCAUGGGCGAAGCUAAGGCUCUGUUAGCGGGUCUCACGCCUACCAAUUUCAAUUAUCCAAAGGCAGUCGAUCUUCUUAAACAACGUUAUGGUCAACCACACAAGAUCAUAAUGGCGCACAUGAGAGCAUUGGUGGCUCUAGCUAAGCCAACUCACGAUCGCAAUAGCUUACGUGCCUUUGCCGACAAUCUGGAGUCCAACAUACGUGGAUUGGAAGCGUUGGGAAAAGGAAUCGACACUUACGGGGAUCUACUCGUGUGCAUUCUUCUCGACAAACUCUCAGCUGAAGUUCGUCGAAACUUAACUAGACAGCACGGUGCCAUCGAAUGGUCAUUAGACGACCUGCGUGUAUCAUUAAGGAAAGAAAUUGAAAUAUUGGAAGACAGCACUGAAACGCCGUUCAAUAACAAACGCAAUCAGCACCCAGGUAAACAAGCGGGAGUAAUGUUUGCUGGAACUCGUCGACCAUCACCAGAAUUCAACAAACGUUCAUGUGCGUUUUGCUUAGGAAGCCAUUAUUCCACUGAAUGUACAACUGCUCCAACUGUGGAAGAACGUUUCGCGAUUGCUAAAGUAAAGCGGUUAUGUUUUAACUGUCUGAGCUCAAAUCACUCCUCAAGUAUAGAUUGUCCAUCAAAGAAGCGGUGUCGCAUAUGCAAGAGAAGCCAUCAUACCAGUCUCCAUUACGCCAGUCGAAACCAACAAGACCAUAACAUUCCGGUCCAAUUUAAGGCAAAAUCAAACAAUGACUCCACGCAAGCUGCUGUCACCAAUACGUCUGUUUCAAAAACAGUUUCAUUCGAAAGUGCAAAUGACAGUGCAACAUCAACCUUUGUGUUUUUAGAAACUGCCAUAGUUACGGUGCACUCCAAAGGAAUCAAACGGCAAGCCAAUGUACUGAUAGAUAAAGGUGCACAGAGAUCCUUUAUCACAACAAAACUCGCGAGAAAUUUACAUCUUCAACCACUUUAUCGAGAAAGUUUAAUGAUAGUGGGUUUCGCUGCACCAUCUAAAAGUGCUCAACUCUAUGACGUGAGUCACCUCUCAUUCAUUGACCGAAGAGGAUCCACAAUGAACAUUCAAGUCGUGGUAGUAGACCAUAUUGUGAAUCCCCUUGAAGAUUCUUAUCGCAGUGUAGUGUGCAAACUUCCUCAUCUCAAAAACUUACCACUGGCACACCCUAAUAUUGGCAGCUCGUCAUUUGACAUUGACAUCUUGUUGGGAGCCAAUUACUAUUGGGACAUAGUAGGUGAUCAUGUCGUUCGUGGUCCAGGACCAACGGCUAUAAGCUCAAGAUUCGGAUACAUCAUCUCAGGAUGCAUGCAACAAACAUCAGAAUGCAGUCAACAUGACACCACGGCUUUUCAUGUAUCCGUGGAAGAACAAUUCGAAAUGGCAAGAUUUUGGGACCUGGAAUCGCUGGGCAUUUCUCCAGAUUCAGAGAUGGAAGAUGCAACUAUGACUUACCAAACCAAUUGCAUUGAACUUCGGAAUGGCAGAUACAUCGCCAGACUCCCAUGGAAACAUCAGCAUCCGCCAUUAGGAUCAAACUGGUAUAUGUGCCAUCAACAAACGCGCCAUAUGAUCCGACGCCUAGCAAAGGACACAUCUCGUUUUCAAACGUACCAUCGCAUCAUCCAAGAACAACUGAACAGUGGGUUCAUUGAGAAAAUUCCAAUCGGAGAGCAAAAUCAACGAAAAGGUCAUUAUGUGCCGCAUCAUGGAGUCUUCAAGGAAUCAAGUACAACUCCAUUACGCAUCGUGUAUAAUUGCUCAUGCAAAAGUAAAGGAGGUGUAAGUCUCAACGAUUGUUUGGAAACGGGACCAUCAUUGCAAAAUAACAUGGUGGAGAUUCUACUUCGAUUUCGCGCUCACGCAAUAGCCAUAACAGCGGACAUCGAAAAGGCUUAUCACCAAGUCCAACUGCAUGAAGACGACCGCGAUUUCGUGCGAUUUUUUUGGAUCAAAGAUGACAAGGAUCCGGAGUCGGAUAUGGAAGUGUACCGUUUUAAAGUCAUUCCCUUUGGCGCGAACAGUUCACCUUUCAUCCUCUUAUCAGUCAUCAAGAAUCAUCUAUCAUGCGAAACAAGCGAAGUAGCAAAAGAUAUGGACUUAAACAUAUACGUGGACAAUCUCUUGACUGGAUGUGACACCACCGAAGAAUCACUAAGCUACUAUAAAGAAGCGAACUCUAUAUUCAAAAAGGCUGGCCUGACGCUAAAAUCGUGGUGCUCCAAUGAUCAACGUCUCAAUUCCUGUAGUGCGUCCGAUGGGGUAAAUGAUGAAUCAUCGCAGAACAAAAUUCUUGGACUACAGUGGUCUCGUGCAAAAGAUGUCAUCGCUCUACCUGGAUUGAAAAUUUCAUCGUUUUCUCUGACAGGGAUAACAAAAAGAAAUGUACUCAGGGGAAUUUCCACUGUAUAUGAUCCUUUAGGAUUCAUAUCGCCUCUCACCAUUCCGGCAAAAAUUUUAAUCCAAGAUGUUUGGAAAUUAAAACUGCAGUGGGACGAUCCACUGCCCAUCGAUCUACAAGACCGCUGGAUCGGCAUUGUACAAGGGAUUGAAAGAUCAAAAUUCGAACUUCGAAGGCAAUACUUUGAGUCAAAACUCGAAUGCGAAAUGCUGCAUGUGUUCGUAGAUGCAAGCCAGUAUGCUUAUGGAGCAGUAGCCUAUCUAGCAAAUGAUAGCACGGGAACGUUCGUCCUUUCAAAAUCGCGCGUAGCCCCUCUUCGAGGUGAUAACAAAAUGCUCACACUGCCUCAACUAGAAUUAAUGGCAGCUAUCAUUGGUAUUCGAAUAGCCAAGACCAUUCUAAAAUCCUUUGCGCCCUUACGCUACCGACCAAAAUGCAUCAUGUGGUCGGACAGUCAAAUAGUUCUCUAUUGGUUGGCUCAAACAAAAACCAAUAAAUCUCAAUUUGUCGUCAACCGUGUGAAAACGGUCUGUGACUUUAAUAAUGAGCAUGAAGCCAGCUGGCGGUAUUGCCCGACGCAUCAGAAUCCGGCGGAUCUUCUCACCAGAGGAAUAACUUUUCAACAAUUCUCAUCAAGCUCUUGGUUUAGUGGACCGCCGUGGCUUGCCGACAGCGAAAGUUGGCCAGUAUGGAACCUUACACAAGCAUCGACUUCCAUAAUUCAUCUGGCUAGUAUAAAAGAAAAGCCAUUCGUCAAUCAUAUCUCAUCACGAAAAGGUGCAAACAUUUCAUCAGUGUUCGAUGUAGCUCGAUAUAAGUGGUCGUCUUUGAUAAGAGUAACAGCUAUCGUGCGUCGAUUUGUAGAAAACAUUAAAAAGAAGGAUAAAUCUAAGAAAAGUUGGCAACUGGGUCUUAUUCACGUCGCAGAAUUACGUGAAGCGGAGAUGUUAUGGAUUAAGUCGGCUCAAAUUCAACAUUUUGAUGACGAACUGGAAUAUCUCAAAAAAUCCGAUGGCAGGCGUCCAGCAUUGGUCUCCCAGCUUGACUUAUUCAUCGGAAAAGACGGACUCAUCCAGUGCAAUGGACGGCUAGGAAACGCGUCCAUCAGUGCAACAGCUAAAUAUCCAGUGUUACUACCCACCAAAUCGAACGUGACCAAGUCAAUAGUGCAAGCAGUUCAUGAACGAGUUAUGCACAGCGGAGUGAAACACACAGUGUCAGCUGUAAGGCAAAGAUUUUGGAUUCCAAGAAUCCGGCAAGUAAUCAAGAACAUCUUACACACUUGUGUCACUUGCCGCCGCGUAAAUGGACCUCCGUAUGCAACCCCGAACGACGCACCACUUCCAACGGAAAGAGUGACCAAUGCCUUGCCAUUUACGGUAACGGGAGUGGACUACACUGGAGCAUACGUCAUAAGGGGACCAAAAGAAGCUCCGAAACAAGAUCAGAAUGUUUACAUUCUACUUUUCACGUGUGCGACCUCAAGGGCAAUUCAUCUAGAAGUCGUGGAAGAAUUAACUACAAAGGCAUUCAUUGAAGCUUUUCGCUGCUUCACUACACAUCAUUCGAUGCCAUCAGUUAUCAUGUCGGAUAACGCAACAACUUUUGAAUGUGCAGCCAAAGCCUUUAGAAAAAUCUUCACCAAUCCGGGACUCGUCCGACAUUUAUCAGAUCUUCAAGUCGAGUGGCGAUUCAUCCCAAAAAGGGCUCCAUGGUACGGGGGCUUCUGGGAACGGCUUGUAGGUGUAACAAAAACAGCUCUGGCAAAAAUCAUUGGACGUUCAAAACCGACAAUGAGUGAAUUUAGAGCCCUUAUAGCGGACGCGGAAGCAGUAAUCAACGAUAGACCUCUGGAGGAACCAUCAUCAGACGUCCAGGACGGGGAGACACUCAGCCCGGCUCAUUUAAUGUAUGGGCGACGUAUGGUCAGCCUUCCGUUCAACAGCGAAAUGGCGGAGGAAAUAUUAGACCCCUCAUUCAAGGAGGAACCUUCAGACAUCAAAAAGUCGGUCGUCAAACAUCAAAAGCUGCUGAACCAAUUUCAAAAGCAAUUUAUGGCAAAUUACAUUCCCGCUCUACGCGAAUAUCAUCGAGCAACUCACAAAAUGCAGCCAACGGUGGUUAAAGAAAAGGAUGUUGUACUCAUUCAAGACGAAGGACCAAGGAAGAAGUGGAAACUCGCGGUAGUAGAAACGCUCAUCAGAGGAAAAGACAAUCAAGUGCGAGCCGUUGAGGUCCGCACAGCUAAGGGAAAAACCAACCGCCCUAUAUCUAAAUUACAUCCGCUACAGUUGUCUGAACCAGAGGAGAUAGAAGCCAUCCAGUGUGGAUCUGAAAAACCAGCCCGUCCGUCGAGGAAAGCAGCUGAGCAGGCGAAAGAAAAAAUAAAAAUUAUGUCCAAUGUCUAA